UACGACUGCUUAUGAGUCCUGAUGCUUGUUUCUGCAGCUCUAUCCAUCGGAGCUUCGAGUGGCGGAUUUGGUACGUUUUCAGUUAUCGUGAGCGUCUAAACUUUUGAGUGCUCGUCCUUCAGAUGUUAUUAUCAGAACCGCGAUAUCCUAGCAUGCUAAGGAUGUCACAAUGUUCUGGGUGCGACGUUCUACGUACAUGUCCAACUUCCUGUCAUUUCGCUACUUAUCAUACACAGCAAUAUCUCACCGACGGGUGAUGGAUGAUUCACAGCGUCGUUGCUCAUACAACCAUCAUCUUGUAUUCGAUCAGCGCUCGAUGUUAGUGUGUGGUAUUAUUAGCAUCAUACCGCCUUUGAACACCGGUGAUAUCGGAAACAGCCCGUAUGAUAUUGUCGAACAGGUUAUAAGAGCGACCUGGGGGCUUCACGUCUAUAAUUGUAAGAUAUUCUUUCAGCGAUGGUUUCGACGAUAAAUUGGCUCGAGCGCUUGGCUGACCUCGAGCGCAAAAUUGUGGCAGCGACUCCCGACUAUGAGAGGUGCUUGACUCAGUCUUGGAAUGAUCUUCUCCAGGAACUCGACGAGCGCACAACAGAAAUUACCGACGAGGGCUCUAAUUACAUUCCUCAAGUCCAUUUUCAGUAUCUAGACACGCUGGUCCCUGAGCAGCUCGAUGAUAUCCGACGCAAGGGCUGUAUUGUCAUUCAUGGUGUUGUUGAGGAGAGUGAAGCUACCAGCUGGAAGACUGCUUUGGACGAUUUUAUCGAAGCUAAUCCUCACGUCGAAGGUUUUCCAGAGCAAGACAAGCAAUUCCUCUUCCUUUACUGGACCCAAUCACAAGUACAAGCACGCGCCCACCCUAACGUUCUUGAAGUUUCCGCUUGGCUUAAUAACCUGUUCCGCAUCCGUCGCCCUGAUGUGCGAUGGAAUUUUGACCCCCCUCACGUUGAUGGUGGUUCCAUCGAGCGCUGGGAAGAUGACAACUUCCGCAGGUAUUUCGCAGACAUAUUAAGUGGUAAUUGGCGCCAGCACGACCCCUAUGAACUUGAGGGCCGUCUCAAUGUCCAUGCAUCUAUGUGCGGGAAACCUGGACAAGCAACUAUGUUCCGGACCUUCCAGGGUUGGUUAGCUAUGACCCAGACCGCUCCUACCCAAAGCACUUUGAAAGUAUUCCCCGAUGUGCCCUUGUCAAAUGCGUACAUCAUCCUCCGCCCAUUCUUCCGACCAACUGUCCCCCUCGACUCCAAGGACAUACUUGAUCCGAAGAACUGGGUGUUCGAUAUAUCCACUCCUGAUUUUCCUGGCAUUCAGCCUCGUGACGGCGGCUGGGUCGGCCUACAACCCACCCCAGAAUUACAUCCUCAUCUCAGGCUUGAUGAUACAAUGACCUCUGUUCCCAAAUUUAACCCUGGUGACAUGAUAUUCUGGCAUUGUGAUGCCGUUCAUUCUAUCGAACAGGAGUGCACCAGUUCAUAUGACUCUGCUCUCAUGUACAUCCCAGCUGUUCCGCAGACCCCUCAAAAUACGGACUACCUCAAGAGGCAGGCUGAGAGCUUCCUUGCUGGUACUAACCCGCCUGACUUCGCGAGUGACGGGACGGGUCUGCCAUACGUUGGACUUGGCGUUGAUGCAGAUAUCGUUCAGCCUAUCAGCCGAAUCGCGAUGGGUCUCCCUGUCGCUAUCAUAUAGUGACAUGUUAUGCGCUCUAUUCUGCAAAUAUUGUUUAUUUACAUAUACGUGAACAGGUCGUUAUCAUCGACAUGUAUAUGUACUUUAUCAUCUAGCUUUACGUGCAGGUUGUUCGAUGGUACUGUAUAAACUAUCCAGAUUAGUGC